AUGGCGGCUAUGGUUGAGAGAAUUGAUGAAUGUGUUGGGUCGCUGGACUCUAAUGCCGUGGUGUCCAGACAGUCGGGAUCUCCUGCGGAUCAGUCCCACCAAAAUAACCCUCUACUAGGACUACCUAUUGUGGCAAUAGAGACGAUCCUGAACUUUCUAACUUAUGACGAAAUCAGCCUGCUGCGCUCGGUGUGUAAACGCCUGGACAUGAACUGCCAGCGAGUACUGAACCAGGGCUUCUUGAAGGUGGAGAGAUACCACAGUCUGUGCCAGAGGCAGGUCAAAGCACAGCUGCCCAGACGAGAGUCAGAAAGAAGGAACCAUUCCUUGGCCCGUCAUGCAGACAUUCUUGCUGCUGUGGAGACUCGCCUCUCUCUUCUCAACAUGACCUUCAUGAAAUAUGUUGACUCUAAUUUGUGCUGCUUCAUACCCGGAAAGGUCAUAGAUGAGAUAUAUCGUGUGCUGAGGUACGUAAACUCCACUCGUGCUCCUCAACGUGCACAUGAGGUCCUACAGGAGCUGCGGGAUAUCUCCUCCAUGGCAAUGGAGUACUUUGAUGAGAAAAUUGUUCCCAUCUUAAAGAAGAAGCUACCAGGAGCUGAACUUACUGGACGUAUAAUUGGUACUGUGCAAGUGGCUGGUCCCUCCACCUCCUUGACCACUAUGUCCCUUCUGGCCAAAAACACACCAUCUCGCUCUGAGAUGACCAAAGUACAACAACAGGUAAAGGUGAACGGUGCCUCAGUGACUGUUCUGCGCAGGGAGAUGCAGGAGAUCCGCGUGAAGCAGCUGGAGCAACAGAAGCAGCUGCAGGACCAGGAGCAAAAACUCCUGGAGCAGAGUCAGGUCAUGGCCGAGCAGAAUGCACGGCUUGCAGAGCUUGAACACAAGCUGAGAGAGCUCCUGGACAGUAGUGCAACUGCAUUGGGAGGGUCCCAACCUGCCUCUGCUGCCCCCUCCACAUCCACCUCCUCGCCUGCAGCUAAUGUUGCCACUGUGAUACUGGCAGGGAGCACCAGUGCCUCUGUGCCCAAAGACCAGGAUAGACCCCACAAACGCAUAAGGAAGAGCUCAGAGCUGACCCGACACUCAAAACGCCUGCGCAGCAAAAAAUAA